ACGUAUAUCAAAUGCUAAUUUAGCAGUACAAAUAAAUAAAUCAGCAACAAAUGAAUCACCACCAAUAAUUAAUCAAGAUCCAUCGAAUACAUCAUUUGAUGAAGAAAAAACUGAAGCUCGUGUACAUUCACUUAUUGAAGAAUAUACUGAAAAUUAUUCAGAAUUAACUGAUCGACCUGUUAAAGAAGCAUUAGAAGAUUUAGCAACAUUUCGUACAUCAAGCUUUGAUCAACAAGCAAUUAUUGUUCGAGAAUUAUUUACUAAUGUUUUAGAAGCUAAACCACGUGCACGUAAAGCUGUUGGACAUUUACUUGAUGCUGCACUUAAUGAAGAUAUUUUAUCUACUGAAGCUUUUCUUUCUGGAUUUAAAAUGAUUGUUGAAGCUGCACCAGAUUAUGCUGUUGACAUUCCUCUAAUUUGGCAAUACAUCGGUGAAAUUAUUGGUGCAUUUAUCGGUGCUCCUACAUCAAAUAUGUCAUUACUUAAACCAAUUUUAGAAUGUGUUCCUGACGAUAAAUCGAAACAAUUAUUUCAAUUUAUUACGCGAUAUGCAACUGAAUUUUCAUCUCGAUCACGCAUACAAAACUUUUGGCAAUCAUCCGGUUUUACUUUAAAUGAUUUAAUUAAAUCUGAUCUGAUUGAUUCUUCAUUUUCAAAUGAAUAUGAUUGGUUAUUUGAUACACCUGAAGUUGAAUCACCAGCACCACAAUCAAAAGAAAAUAAUUCUCCACGUGCUGAUCCACAGCUUGUUAAAUUAUUUAAAUCUGUUAAUGAUCAAAGUACAACAGUAACAGAUCCAGAAAUAAUAACAUAUAUUCGCGAGCAUAUGGAUCCAAAUGAAAAAUUUUAUAUUCGAAAUAUUGUUUUAUCUUAUUUGGAAGCAUGUUUAAUUAAUCGUGAUCCACAAAAAAAAAUUCAAGAAGAUAUUGCAAAAAAACGAAUGACUAUACUUAAUGCUAUUAUUGAACAUAAACCAGAAGGAGAAAUUCAAGCUGUUUAUGCUAUUCAAAAUUUUGUUAAUAAACUUGAACAUCCACCAAAAAUGGCUCGACUACUAUUUGAUAUAUUCUAUGAUGAAGAAUGUGUAAGUGAAGAUGCAUUUUUUGAAUGGCUUAAACAUCCAGAUCAAUCUGAAACUGAAGGGCAUGCCGUUGUUGAAAUGUCAACAAAAGAUUUUUUUACUUGGUUACAACAAGCUGAAACAGAAGUUGAAGAAGGCGAAGAAGAAGAAGGAAAUUAA